GAUGCUGCCGGAAGCGGAAACGUCAUUCGUUUAAAAUCUCUAAAUCAGGUCAAAAACUGAAAAAAUGGCUAUGGUUGAAAAUUGGAAAAGUAAGCUUGAUAAAGCUUUACACGAGAGAAAUGCGUUUACAGACCAGUUAGAGAAAAUCGAAAAGAAAACGAAUGUACAACGUUUGUACAUUGUCCUGGGAUGUACGGCUUUUUUGGGUUUAUACUUGAUGAUCGGCUAUGGAGCACAGUUCAUCUGUAACUUUGUCGGCUUUUUGUAUCCAGCCUAUGCUUCAGUAAAGGCUAUUGAGUCUCGUGACAAGGAUGAUGAUACGAAAUGGUUAACCUAUUGGGUCACUUAUUCGGCUUUUGCACUUGUUGAAUUUUUCGCCGAUAUCUUUCUCUUCUGGAUACCGUUUUACUGGUUCUUUAAGUGCAUUUUCUUGGUUUACUUAAUGGUACCAACCUCUUGGAAUGGAUCGAUUUUUAUUUAUACAAAGUUUAUCCGACCCUUCGUCUUGAAACAUCAAGAGCGUGUAGAUGAUUUCGUUGGCAAAGCAGCAGAUACGAUGGAAGAUAUUGCUAAAGAAGGUAAACAUUUCACUAUUAAUUUUUUGUCAGCUGUUCAAAUUGGGUUAAAAUAGCUGUAUUUAAAUAUGUCGAUUUCGUUAGGUUUCAUUCGCCAUUUUAUUAGUAAUCCAUAUACAUUAAGCAUACGUUUUUAUAUCCAGUUAAAGGUGCCGCUACAGCAUCAGCCAAGACAGCUGCUGGAGAUGCUGCCGCUGCGAUGAGCAAACAGCAAUUUGAAGACUUUGGCAAAAUGGAUUAAAAAGUCUAUGAAUUAAUAUAAAUAUAUACAUAUAUAUAUAUUACUAUACAUAUGCAUAUAUAUAUAUAUAUAUUAACAUACAUAUAUAUCUAUAUAUUUAUAUAUGUAAUCAUACUAAACAUUUUGAAUUAUAUAAUUUAUAGUUUUAUGGACUUAUUUGGAACUAAAAAAUAUAUAUCCGUGUACACUUGGUAUACAUGCUUAGUUGUAUGGUAGUUUUACUAAUAGCUAUAUUGUCUUCUAGUCCGCAGUGUGUACAAGAUAACGAUGCUUUUUUAUCAAACUUGUCAUUGAGUUUAAGUUAAUAGUACUAUGCAAAUAUGUUAUGUCAGUUUAUAUUGUCUCACACUUAGUGAAGAUAUAUUUCAAAAAAUAUCGUAUUUCACCCUAGACUGUCUUUGCAGACUGCAACUAAAAUAGUUCAUCACUUUUUUCUUGCAUGCAGUGUUUUUUUCAUUUUUUCUGAAAUGCACUAUUUA